AUGGCACAUAUGGUUUUAGAUAAAUUGUGUUCAGGGAAGAACAAUCUCGUCAAUAGAGCUGACAUAAUUACUCUAGUUAAAUUUGUCCUAGAGCUCGUUUCUUCUUACUGUAUCAAAGUUAUUGGAUCCCUGAAGGAGUACGUGAUGACAUUGAUGGCACUCUUGGGGAAAUGGAAAUGGAGAGUUUUAGUUGAAGAAGAUGCAUUGCGGAACAAGAUUUUGGUGUCAACAUAUGGGAAGUGGGAGAUUAGUGGAGAGGACCCUGUACAGAAGAACAUUACUGGCAAGAGUGAAUAUGCAGGAGGUGCAAAGAUAGAGGGUUUGAGGUCAGGUUCUCCAUUCGGUGGUCCCUUGAAAAUAUUGACUGCCCAAUCUCCUGUGACUUCAGAGGGAGCUUCUGGAGGAGUAUGA